GGUCUUAUCUCUGCACACCCUAGAGUUCAAGCUGAAAAAGAUGUGGAAGAGCCCCAAUGGGACAAUCCGAAACAUCCUGGGUGGGACAGUCUUCCGGGAGCCCAUCAUCUGCAAGAACAUUCCUCGCCUGGUACCCGGCUGGACCAAGCCCAUCACCAUCGGCAGACAUGCCCAUGGUGAUCAGUACAAAGCCACAGACUUCGUGGUGAACAAGUCUGGGACGUUCAAGAUGGUUUUCACGCCCAAGGAUGGCAGUGCAGUGAAGGAGUGGGAAGUGUACAAUUUCCCUGGAGGUGGCGUCGGGAUGGGCAUGUAUAACACGGACGAGUCUAUCUCAGGCUUUGCGCAUAGCUGCUUCCAGUACGCCAUCCAGAAGAAAUGGCCUCUGUACAUGAGCACCAAGAACACCAUCCUGAAGGCCUACGAUGGGCGCUUCAAAGACAUCUUCCAGGAGAUCUUCGAUAAGCACUACAAGACGGAGUUUGACAAGCUGAAGAUCUGGUAUGAGCACCGGCUCAUUGAUGACAUGGUUGCCCAGGUGCUGAAAUCUGCAGGUGGCUUUGUCUGGGCUUGCAAAAACUAUGAUGGAGAUGUCCAGUCGGAUAUCCUGGCCCAAGGCUUUGGCUCCCUGGGCCUGAUGACCUCUGUCCUGGUGUGUCCGGAUGGGAAGACCAUCGAGGCAGAGGCAGCCCAUGGCACGGUCACCCGCCACUACCGGGAGCACCAGAAGGGACGGCCCACCAGCACUAACCCGAUUGCCAGCAUCUUUGCCUGGACACGUGGCCUGGAGCACAGGGGCAAGCUGGACAGUAACCCUGACCUGAUGAAGUUUGCUCAGACGCUGGAGAAGGUCUGUGUCGAAACUGUGGAGAGCGGGACAAUGACAAAGGAUCUCGCAGGCUGUAUUCACGGCCUGGCCAACGUGAAGUUGAACGAACACUUCGUGAACACCACAGACUUCCUGGAUGCCAUCAAGAACAACUUAGACAAAGCCCUGGGCAAGAAGUAGAGGAGGCCCUUUCUCAGCAGGGAGGGGGGUGUCUGUGUGUGCGUGGUGCCAGGCAUUUACCUCAUUUUUAACAAGAUAGGGAGCGGACGCCGCCUUUAGCUCACUGACUUGGCUCAGGAACAUUUGGAAUAAUUUUUAUAAGCAGUUUUCCUACGAGUGUUUUUAAAGUAUUUCUAGCAGGGGUUUGUAGGAAAGGGGCUGGGGAGGGCUGCCCUUCACCAUGCUGUAAUUUAUGUAACCUCUGACCUCAUGGUGCCAAACAUAGCAAUUAAACACUUCACAGGCCCAC